AUGCCGAAUCUACUUACUUGGGUCCAGCGGGACCUGUUCCCCGCCUUGCUGGAAAAUGCUUCAGCCGCCACUAUCGUCGCAGUCGUCGCGCAAGCCCUUGGCGCGUGCCUUCUUUGUUGUGUGGUCGGUGCUAUAGCCGUGGUGGUACUCGCCAUUCUUGCAGCCUUGACAGUGAACUGUUGCUGCUGCUGCUUCACGCCUGACGGCGCCGAGAGGGUUACGGAGAGCAAAUGGCCUCGCUUCUUUCGCAAACGGCGGGUCUUGACGGCCGAGGAACACCAGGCCGCCCUGGAGGAGAAUGACUGGGAAAUUGCCUUUGUACCCCCACUGCCGCCGUACCGCGCAUUUCCAGUCAUCUAUGCCCCGGCGGAUGCUCCGGUGAUGAAGGACGACGAACAGGUUGUGGAGAUGCUCGCCUAUCCUGUACCAGCACAUGGGGGUGUCUAG